AUGUGCAUACCACUGGAAUUCCAAAUCAUCCAGGUUAUUGGAUUCAUUUUAUCGGAAGUUUUUCAUUUUACCUUGCUUUUCUUGAUACACACAAGAGCCACUCGGCAUUUCGGAUCCUACAAGCUUUUGAUGGCUUCGUUUUCGAUUUUCUCAAUUUUGUAUGCACUUGUGGAGGUUUUGACACAACCGAUAAUGCACAUAUCAGGGACUGGCCUCAUGCUUUAUGUUGGAACCACUUUUUUACCAAUUUCCAAGGAAUUUGGUCAUUUUAUCGCCGCAUUUUACUGCUCUACAUUCGGGAUUUGCGUACUAUUUUUGUCGGCUCACUUUUUCUACAGAUAUUCGGCGGUUUGCAGUCCUCGCCUUCUCCGACACUUGCACGGGCCAAAAGUGCUGCGACUUUUGAUGCCGGUAUUUUUCCUGGGCGCCCUGAUGUUUCUGAAUGUUACCUGGUUUGGAGAGCCUACAGAAUUUAAAAUGCACUAUAUGAGGGAGAGUUUGAAGCGAGAGUAUGGCGAUGAUAGUUUUGAAGUUGGGCAGAUUUCUUCAGUUUUCUAUAUCUACAACUCCACCGGCUCACUAGAAUUUUUCUGGAAAGAUUGCCUAGGAAUGGCCGUCGUUUAUAUUAUUCUCUCCAUAUCAAUUUCCACAAUAAUCUACUUUUCCCUGAACAUAUUCCGAACUGUGUAUCGCCACACAAAACAUCGAAAAAGCAAAAAGAACUGGGAAAUUCAUCGGCAGCUAUUCCAGACGCUCAUCAUUCAAACCUUGAUUCCAAUGUGCAUUUUAUUUAUUCCAACUGGGUUCUUGCUAACUUUGCCAUUUUUCGAUGUGAAAUAUGUGGGCCGCGUUACAAAUGCUCCGGGAGUUGGUGCAAGUUUAUACCCGGCUCUGGACGCGUUGACUGCUAUUUUGAUGAUCAGAGAGUUUCGUACCGCUUUUAAAUGUCGCUCGCAGGCUCCGAUUAUGAAAAUAUCUUCAAUUCGAGACACCAUGUUCACCAAUUUUCAUAGUUGA